AUGAACUAUUUUCUGUAGUAGCAGCACCAGUGAGCUUUUCCCGGUGCCCGCCGCUUAACGUGGAGACAAAUACGAGAGAGAGAGAGAGAGAGAGAGAGGGGAAGAGGAGGGGUGCGGGACAAAUUAAUCUUGGGCCACAGCGGUGGCACAACGCGAGACGGCAAAGCGUUGCAGCGAAGAUUGUAUUUUGCUCGUUCGCUGGAAACGGGCGGCGGACACGGGAUGGAUCUACCUGCCGUCGGGGAGCAUGUAUUCGCGGUGGAGGGCAUCGAAAAGAAGCGUCUACGGAAGGGCAGAAUCGAGUAUCUGGUGAAGUGGCGAGGAUGGUCAGCCAAAUAUAACACAUGGGAACCCGAGGAAAACAUUCUUGACCCGCGCCUUCUCGUGGCUUUCCAAAACAGAGAAAGGCAGGAGCAAAUGGUGGGAUAUCGCAAAAGAGGGCCUAAACCCAAAAACCCUCUUGUCCAGCUUCCUGCAUUUGCUCGUAGAUCAAGCAUCCUGGGUGGUCUUCAGGACACAUCAUUGGAUGAGGAAAACCAGCCCAAAGUGGAGCCCCUCCAGCUCCACUGCUCACGGCCGCAGCACUACCAGCUGAACAGCAAAAAACACCACCAGUACCAGCCCAGCUGCAGGGAGAUCUCCAUAGAACAAAAUGUGAGUGGGAAAAAGAAGCACUUCUACCAGCUGAACAGCAAGAAACAUCAUCACUACCAGCCGGACCCCAAGAUGUACGACACCCCACUCACAGGACCCAAUGAGGUCAGGGUUCAAGACCCUUCCAGCAAAGUUUGGAACCUCCCUCCAGCAUUGCAACAGAAGUGGAUUAGGAACAAAGAUACCAGCUGCCUGAGUAAAGUGAAAGAUCUGUCUAUCGAGCUCAAGAGCCUGCCGGAUAAUGCUGACAAAGCGGAGCGGGCACUUAAGACGAACACCAAAGAGUUUGCUCUUCCUAACGGCAUCAGAAGCAAGAUGAAAAUAAUCAAGAACAAAAACAAAAACGGACGAAUUGUGAUAGUAAUGAGCAAAUACAUGGACAAAGGUGUGCAUUCAUCUAAAGUAAAAAACAAGGAUGUUUCUCAAGUGGAAACGCAGCACAAUGAGGAAUCUACACUGAAUAAUAAGGACAAUCUUUCUGAUGGUGAAACUUCAGAAGGCCGUGAGAAUGGCACUGCUGAGAACACUAACACUUUUUCUUCUUCUAGUGAAUGCAUUCAUGAAAACUCCAUCAAAAUGGCUGAACUUUCAAAAGCUACAUCUACAGAGACUGAACAAACAGUGAUGUAUAUAUGCAACCAACCAAACUCCUCUCCCAUGGAAGCAGAGAAGGCCCCCCCAUCCCACAUGGACACCAAACUCAAUCAGCGCAAGAGGAACCUCUCAGAACCCAUUGAGGACGUGAGAAACUGUAAGCAGUUCAUCAGCUCCAGGAUUAUACACACCAACAGUGUACAGGAUUAUGCACCAAACACCAUGCUUUCAUCCCCUCAGAGAGAACCUAUAGACCUGCAUUACAGAGGCUGCCUUGCCAGCAGAGCCUACAGUUAUGACUUAAGCGACACCAGUCCUGAAGAGCCUAUUGACCUGAGCUGUGGUCCAACCAAAACUCUUAAACAGUUUCCCACAGCGGAGAAGGUUUCAGGAAGCUCAGUGCAAGUGGAGAAUACAAACAACCAUUUUAAACCAUUUGUGGGUAACGUUAUCAUCACUGAUAUCACUACGAACUGCGUAACCGUGACCUUUAAGGAAUACGUUCAUGGAUAAUGACUACAAUUCACUGGACUGUAAUUUGUUCAUUUGAACCAGCUCAAAGUUGAUUCAUGUCAGAUGCACUAAUCGUAACCAUUCCUGAUAAUGUGGAGACGUUUAAGCAAGACGUUAAACCUAUAUAUAUAUAUAUAGAGAGAGAGAGAGAGAGAGAGAGAGAGAGAGAGAGUUUGUUUAGAUGUUUGUUUUCUAAUGCAUAAAACUGAGAUGGUUGGCAUUUUGGUUGGCAUAUAAAAUCCCAUCAGUGUAUAGUGUGUGUAAUAUUGUUUAUAAAGCUUUUGAAUUUUAAUGCUACCUGAGGAAAUAUAGCGGCCUGUGGGAGAAAGCACACUGCUGGAAUUGAAGAUUUCGUUGAAGAUUGAUGUUGACAUUGUAUAUGAAUGUACCUUUAAAAAGUAUAUUUUAGUUGACUGAAUUUCGAGAUGUUGUUGGCCUGUGAGGUCUUCCUGUGCAAUGCUAGAUAAACAACUGGAUUGUUUGGUGUUC